UACCUCUAGUCAAUCGCUACCUCGUUGUGCCUCUUACCUACCUUAAUUAAUAACUCAGUCAUUCUUUCAAUCCCACAAACCCAACCAACCUUCAAAAUGAAGUACACUAUCGCUACCAUCGCUGCCUUCGCCACCAUGGCCCUGGCCAAGCCUGCUUUCCUCAACACUGACUUCGCUCUCACUGAGGGCAAGCCUUACACCAUCCGCUACUCUGGAUGUGACUCUGGCUGCACCAUCAUCCUCCAGAACGGAGAGUCUACCGACCUCAAGGACUACAAGACCUUGACCAGCGGCGCCAAGGGUGACUCUUUCACCUUCACUCCUUCUCAGCUCCCCUCGGACACCUACAACUUCAAGAUCACCGACUCUGCUGGUGACAUCAACUACAGCGCUCAGUUCACCUACGAGGGUUCUUACGACGCUCCCUCCGUCACCUCCGCUACCAAGUCCGCUGUCGAGACCACCGCUGCCCAGACCACCGAGCAGGCUACCACUCUCGCCAGUGUCACCAAGCCUGUCGAGGAGGCCACCACUGCUAAGCCCAUCAUUCCCACUCACGUCCCCGUUCCCCCCAAGAACGCCACCACUCCUAUUGCUACCCCCACCAAGACCGGCGGUGCUGGCCAGACUGGUGUCCCUGAGGUUCCCGUCAGCGGUGCUACCCGCAUGACCUCUUCCCUGGCUCUCAUUGCCGGUGCCGCCAUGGCCAUGGUUUACCUCAACUAAGUUAUGGACAUGAUUUUUCUGCACGAAUACGCGGGAUGAGAAAGAGCGGUUUGAUGAGAUUCAAGUCUUCGGUGUAUAAUUCUACUUUAAUGAUGGCCUUUGUUUAUUCGUUUCCGGUUACCCCACGAGGCGUCACGGCCGGCUGUAUCCUAUGAUGAAGCCCGCGUUGGCUUAUCAGGGAGGAACGAGAGCCAGAGCCAGGUAUUUAGAAAUCAAUUAGACUCAAAGUUGGUCUGCCUUUUUACAA